AGGCGCACCACCAUGACACUCAAAGAAACCGUCACUACUGCGAACCCCGGAUAAUGAUGUGUCGCAGGAAGAGGAGCGCAUACGUAGAAGCAAUCAACGAAAAUGCGCCAUGACGGUUGUGAUUCGUUGUUCUGCUCGGCCCGUCUCUGCGCAAUUUGUCCUUGCGAUUAUGGCUCCCCAUUAUCCAUGGAUGGCAUCACGAAACCAUGGAGGUGGGUAUAUUGUAUAUACUCUGUACACAGCACCAAGCCGUAUUGCGCCCCUCUCUGCCUCCUCUGCCUCCUCUUUAUCUGCCGUGGUGACACCUUGAUUGGCCCUUUCCUCUUCUCCUGGACCUUAUUUUCCCUCUCCGCAACGCCUAUCUAUGAUUCGCUCACCUCCCCUUUCUCCUACAGCCGCCAGUGCACCACUGCCCACGCUCCCUCUCCGGUACCGAGUUGGCUCGCCAGCGCACACAUGCAUGCAUACAGACACACCCACGCCUGCACGUGGUGUCCCUUCAGAAACGGGCAGUGGCUGUCCGAAUGCAGCCGGAGGUCCGUCUUCACGUCCCGGGGACCUCAUCGACCUGUCUGAGACGGUCCUGAAACGGCCGUCGUACACUGAAAAGCGGCUUGGUCAAGCUCCGCAUCGACUUCACGCCAUCGCA